AUGAAUUGUGGAUUCGGUGAGUUUGUAUGUUUGCUUAAUGAAAUGAAGCAAAUUAACCAAGAAGAUAUUGCUGUUCCCUCAUUUAAACUGAGCAUUGCCAAGGAUUUAACUGCCAAAUUUUUUAACAGCCUUAAUUUUGAUCAGCUCAAAUGUCGAAUGCCUUUCCAUUACUUUCAUGAGGUUGCACUCAGUUGGCAGACAGUGGCGAUGGCCAUUGCCAUGUUUCGUCGCAGGAGUAACAGUCAUCAAGGUCGAGAGAGUGAUGAGGUGCAGCAUGAGUCUAAGGUCAAUGAGUUCAAGGCUACUAUUGGACCGCUAUCAGACCGCAGCUUACAGUAUUGCACAGAUGCGUGCUUGAAGAGAUAUUUGGAAGCACGGAACUGGAAUGUGGACAAAUCAACGAAAAUGUUGGAAGAGACACUGAAGUGGAGGUCAACCUAUAAACCUGAAGAAAUUCGCUGGAAUGAAGUCGCAGUUGAAGGCGAGACUGGCAAGGCAUUUGUAGCAAAUUUUCGUGACCGCAAUGGGAGGCCUGUUCUUAUACUGAGGCCAGCACUACAGAAUACAACAUGCAUAGAUGACCAGAUGCGACAUCUAGUGUACCUCCUAGAGAAUGCAAUCCUCAACCUUCCAGAAGGUCAAGAACAAAUGUCAUGGUUGAUAGACUUCACUGGGUGGUCUUUGAGCAACAGCGUGCCUGUCAAAGCUGCUCGUGACACUAUCAAUAUACUACAAAACCACUAUCCUGAGAGACUAGCUAUAGCAUUUCUAUACAGUCCUCCGAGAAUUUUUGAAGGUUUUUGGAAGAUUGUUAAAUACUUCUUGGACCAGAAAACAUUCCAGAAAGUGAAAUUCGUGUACCCGAAGAAUAAGGAUAGCGUGGAACUGAUGAGGUCAUAUUUUGACGUGGAUAAUCUUCCUGGUGAGUUUGGAGGAAAAGCCACAUUGAAUUACGACCACGAGGAGUUCUCUAGGUUAAUGGCUGAGGAUGAUGUGAAAGCUGCUAAGUUGUGGGGAUUUGACGACAAGCACCACUCUGGCGCUAAUGGGUAUUCUGGAGCUGAGGUUGCUGCAGAGCCUGAGGUCCUUGCUGCAGUGGCCAGCUGAACCGCUUCUCUGACUUGUAAAAUUCAAACUUCAUAACUCAAAAGGAGACCAAUCACUUCACUUCUAUAUGUAGGCUUGAUGCCUUAAUUGAGACUAUCACCUAUUUCCCUAACGCUGCUUGUGGCCUACAGGUGAUAUUACUGCUGAGAAAACAUUCGCUUUUGCUCACCUAUGAAUCUGAUGUUAGGUCUCUCUCUCUCUCCCACCGUGUGUGCGUGUGUGCGAGUGAGUGACUGCAGCCAUAUGCGGAAGGCACCGAACUUUUUUCGUUCAGAUGAGUUACACCCAGAAGCUUACUGGUUAAUUCAAAAGAUCCAAGAAUGACUUCUUGCCCAGGAAACAAAUUCAAGGGUCAACUGUACCAAUUCAACUGUGUAAAGAA